AUGAAGAUCAAGUUCGAUGGCGUGCUGGAGGAGAACAAGAGGAUGUUCAAGGAUGAGCAGAAACUCGAGGGCAUUGCGCGCCGACUGCGGGAAGAGCUAGAUGGUCUUCUCGAGCUUUGUCUCGAUCUCAACCAGAACCCAGCACUUCCGACUGAUCUCCGAUACAACAUCUCCCUGCCUAAGAAGCACACCACCAUUGCAUCCAUACCCAGCGUCGUGCCUGAAGAUGUGACUCCACAAGCCGCCAACGAAAUGCUCGUUGAAUACACACAAGCGGUGCAGCGCGGUCAGAUCCCGCACUUGGACCUGCAUGUGAUUCGCGAACAGAUCGAGGAGAAACUUGCAGCACAGGGAGUGCCGACGUUGGCAGAAUUUGAAUCAAGCGUGCCACACACACGCCCGGAGCUGAAUGGAGACGUCCUCCCUGACGAUGUUCUUGGCCCGGAACCGCCAGGAUUUCUCACUUCUGAGCAGGAAGACGCAUACCUUCUGCGCUUAGACGCCAAAUGUGGAGACCAGCUGAGCCUCACACGAACACAGGAGAUGCAAAAAGAUGGCAGUGCUUUCGCUGAUGACAAGCACUGGGCUGAGCUAACCCCGAGAGAGGUCGAACGACUGUUCGAGAUCCAAAAUCCGCAGAGUCAGCACAACUGGCUGAGAGCGCACGGCAAAGGAGCGGCCGCCGGAGUGGAUGCUGACGACAACGAGAGCCUGGCCGAGGUCAAACCAGCGACUGGUCGCGGAGGGUCCGGCAAGCGGAAUCUUGCUAAACAAGUGGGGGAUCGUGCUGUUGGUCGGGCAAGGGAAGGAUUCAGCCCGGGCGCUGCCAGUGCAGGAUUUGGAGACGACGAUGAGCUUUCUUUCGUGGACGACCAUCCGGUGGCGACCGUAAGCGCGAAGAAACGCGGGCGAGGAAAUGGUGACUCGGACAGCACAUACAGGGUCAAAGGUGGCAAAAGCAACGGAAGCGCAGCUAAGGGCAAGCGCAAACGAACGAGUGGAGAUGAUCCCAUCAGUGGUGGUAGUGGCAAGAAAAGCAAGGUCGAGGCUGCUGCGGAGUGA